AUGUCAAACACGCCGUUGCUCAGAAAUUUUAAUGGUUUUGACAGUAGAAAUUCUUUUUUACGCAUUAAAAUUUCUGCAAUAGUUUUAUUAUCAUACUUACUACUGUCAUUUACGUUUUCAUCGCAUAUUGAAUAUCCCAAUGACAUAUCGAGAAUUCCAUACGUAUACCGUUUAAGAUUUGAAAAUAUCUGGAAUCAUAAUUAUAUCAUUGAAAGCCUUUCAACAGGAAAUUUAAAGGAACAUGAGUUUAAUGAUGAGCAUAAAUCCUUAAAUUCCGAUUCUAUUAAUUAUAAAAACGUUAAAUCAGGAUCAUUAAGGCUCGCAGAUAUUAAUGUUCCCUAUUGGUCUCUUGGAAAUUUUAAUGUAUUAGAAUAUCGAUACAAUCAAAAUAACGUCGUCGACAUCGUAACUACAGUUCGUACGCAGCUUAAUUAUACCAUUCGAAAUGUUAACAUUACUUUCACAGCAGCCGAACAAGCAGCAAUUAUUGACCCAAAUUCUUUAGAGGCGUGUGAUUACUGGAUAGAUUGGACACAGAGAAUGAACGGUUAUAUUUGGAGGAAAUGCAAGCAUGUGGAUGAAGAGAAUUUCACGAAAGUGUCUUAUUUCAAAGGGUCUCCGAAUUGGGGAUUGGAUUUUUGGAAUUUAGACGAGAGUGUAAAAUAUGGAUAUAGUACACAAACUAGUUUUUGGUGGAAUCUUAAUAAGAGAGAAAUAUUUGUUAAUCACUCCGCCCCAUUCCCUCCAAUAUUUCCAUCCAUAUACAUCGCCUGUUAUGACUACAUAUUAAGGGCUAAGAAUAGCCGAGGAAACAGUUCAGAUUUUAUGACAAAAACUUGA